AUGCCUGUGGUGAAGUGGAUGGUUCUCGAGUUUGAAAUGGAGCGCUCCUUCUUCUUGCGGAUGAAGUGUGUCCUGGCAAAGAGGAAUGCCGGUCUGACGUGUGCUGGGUACAAGUGGCGAGAUGAGGAGGUGCGGGAGGAGAGCCCAUCGUGUGAGGACAAACACCUACAUGAGGAGGUGCUGGAGGAAGUGCUGGAGGAGGUGCUGGAGGAGGUGCUGGAGGAGGCCCAUCAAGUGAUCCACUGCAGCGGGUACUUGAAGGCUUGUAGCUGUACCCGGGACAGGCCCCUGUUUGGGGGCGGGGCCAGAGGGGUGGCGCUCUUGGCUGUCGGACACACCCUGCCUCCAAGUGCAGUCACAGAGAUCCCUCUGCACACAAACAUGUUCAUGUUCAGAGCAACACUGGACUUUAGACUGCUGUUCUUGGACUCAAGGGUGUCGGUGCUCACCGGGUUCCACCCUCAGGAGCUGUUGGACCGGAGUCUCUAUGAGCUGGUGCACCUGGAGGAUGUCCUGCCCCUGAGCCACGCCCACCAGCUCUUGCUCCUGAAGGGCCAGGUGACCAGCCGGUACUACAGGCUCCUGGUCCGAGGAGGAGGCUGGGUCUGGGUCCAGAGCAGCAUCACGGUCCUCCACAGCCGCGCGUCCACAGCCCCCGGCCUGGUCAGCGUGCAACACAUCCUCAGCAGUAAGCCAGAGUCCAGGGAGCUUCAGCUGUCCACUGACCAGAGCCCUGUCCCCUCACGUCCCCUGCUGAAGAGGACCAGGCGGGACAGAGACCGGGACAGGACUGCCCCUCAUCUGCAGGUAAUCUUUUGUCUGCUCUGUACAGCAGUGCAGGGGCCCGGGCUCCUGUGUGUGUGGGCCCCUGUCCCGCCUACAGGCCCCUCAGUACGGCCACAGUGUGCGACCGUGGGAGGCCCCUGGACCCCGCUCUGUCCAGACAAGAAGCAGCUCUGUGGUCAAAAGCACAGGCACAGUCUCAUGGUGUUCCUCUCUGCAGACUCUGUGUUGGCCCCAAGCAGCGGACUGAAGAGGGAGGCCCCUGAGUACCCGCCCCUGAGCACCGGCCCCUGCUCCACUGCACUGAGGCCGGGGCCCUGGACAGGCGGAGGCAGACCUUUCCCGACAGAUCCACUCACUCGUUAA